AUGAUGUGGCCGACAAGUGUCUGCAAUGGGCGGCCGCUCCUGCCGGCGCCCGUCAAACAUACCUUCAGCCGACCGCGAGACUCGGCGGAGUGCUUCCGCAGAGCUUGGAGUGGCCAAGAACUGACACGAACGGCUUUGGUGGGUGGGGCGGUGAUGGGAUCCUGGAGAAGUCGAAAACUUGUUCGUCCACAUUGGUUCCUGGCGUGUCGCGGCCAGUGGCAGCAGCGACCGUUUUCUGGGGCAGUUCGCGUGCAAGUCCUCCUGGCCAUCUACUACCUUUAUUGCAUGAGCUUCCUUGGCUUCACCUGUGGCUUGCCGCUCGGCCCAGCUUUGACUGAACGCGGCUUGGAUGUCGGGGCCUUCACAUCGUGCUUUUUUCUAGGGCAGCUCUUGGGAAACAUAACUUUGCCGAUGCUGAGUGAGCGAGCUGGCACUGCACAAGCCUUGGUGGGAAGCUUAGCGAUCUCCGCGGCGGCAUGGUUUUACUUGGGCUUCGCUUUGCUGGAGAACGUGCCGCUAAAGUGGAUCUUUCUCGCACGGGGCAUCGCAGGCUUCGGCAGCGGCAUCGUUCCAGUCCUGCGAUCUUUCUUGGUCAAGAGCCUGCCCGACAAAGAUCAACUCUCUGCCAGCUUGGCUUACGGGGAGGCCGCCGGACAAAUCGCCUUUACUUUGGGGCCCUUCUUUGGAGGUGCAGUCGCGGACCUCUUUGGCCUGGCAAUUCCCUUCUGCUUCAUCGCGUUUCUCUGCCUUGGCGGUGCGCUGAUCUGUAUCUCGGUCCUCCCAAGGAGGGAGAGCCGUGAAAGGAAAGCGACGACACUGCAGAGUCCUGGGGAAGACCAAGCUCAAGCAGAAGGCAGCGAAGGCGCUUUCUGUUGGAGUGCUUGGCGGUCUCUCGGGGUCUCUUUGGUGCUCUCAUCCGUCAGAUUCCUCCUAAACCCCUUCAUCCCCUUUCUGCUUCUGCGGCAGUACCAUUUCUCUACAUCCAUGCUGGGCAGCACUCUGUCCCUCCUUUCUAUCUUCAUCUUCCUGUGCCAGAUAGGCCUGGUUCAGCCACUGAAGAGCUGGAUGGGAGUCAAGCAGACCUGUGCAUUAGGCAUCCUAUCAAAGGCGGCUGCUCUCGCGGUUCUGGGUGCGUUUCCUGCCUUGCUGGCUCCUGCAUUGCUGCUCUAUGCCUUCGGGCUUGCUUUGGCCUUCGCUGCAUUGCCUGGGGUGGUGGUGAGCACAGCACCUGAAAACCGGCGCAGCAGGUUUUUGGUGCUGGAGGCUUCCAUCUCAAGCUUUGCCAGAAUAGCAUCGCCCUUGGCCAUCGGCAUGUUGCGCUCGCAGGGAUCGUUCAACGCUUUGUCGGCUAUGCUGCUGGGCAGUUCUGCUCUUCUCCUGUAA